AUGCGUAUACAUUAUAGUAUCAUAUUAGAAAUCAUCCCGCAACAUAAAGAUUUCUUGAGAGAUCCGAUGUAUUCUACUUAUUUAGAGUUUAAAAAGUUGCCGGCUGUUUUAGAUGAAGCCGAUCAAUUAACCUCUUUGAUCACGCAACGAGAUAGUGAGAAUAGUAAUGAUUAUUACGAUUAUUCUCUUCCCAAAUCAUCAUCGACUGAAAAUAACAAUGACAACCAUAACAACAAUAACGACAAUGCCAAUAUGUCAUUGUAUCCGUGCCUCAGCUCGCAACAACCAAACAACAAUCUAAUUGUCAGGUUUCUACCACAUAAUCGUCAUCAAAUACUUCAACACAAAAAAAUGUUGAUUCCUUCUUAA